AUGCUUUUCCCGACUGAGGUGCUGUUGUUGACGGCUCGGUUACUGGAUCCCUGGGAUCUCAUCAACUUGGCCCGAGCAGUCCCAGGGCUAAGAUAUGAAUACAAACCAAAGUACUGGGUCGAAAUCCGAGACAAGAAAGGGGACAAUAUUUUGCACAUUGCCGCAGCAUAUGGAAUGAACGACUUUCUCGUGCCUCUAAUGCUCAAACCCGGUGACCUCUCGACACAGAAUCAAAGCGGCUUCACCGCUCUACAUCGAGCAUGUGGGAAUGGGCGGACUGAUUCCGCACGUUUGUUACUUGAACAAGGCGUAGAUCCGAAUAUUGCGGGCAAGGGUGGUGUGACGGCGUUGCACCUGGCCGCUUCGGUUGGAGAUGAUGAGGCCAUCCGCUGCUUAAUCCAAAGCGGAGCCAGCCUAACCACCACAUCUCAGGGAGGCUACACAGCCAUCCACUGGGCUGUGCACAGGCAACAGCAUCAGGCGACCUCAAUAUUGGUUCGUGUAGGAGCAAGCUUGGACUGUUGGGACGCUCAGGGCUGGUCGCCCUUACACUGGGCGGCUUAUCAAGGCGAUACAGAGAUGGUGGAGCUGCUUCUCCAAGCAGGAGCUGACCCGAACGCCGAAGAUCAUGACCGCUACCGGCCUUCCGAUCUUGCACUUCGCCAGAGACAACAUAUGGUUGCCUUGCGAUUAAGCUGGUCCGAGCUCGUGUUCCAUUCUGUGGCUGGCUGGGUCCGUAUAUUGGAAUGCCUGUGGCACUUGAUUCUGGAAACUCGACAGUCUCGGUUUAACAUGAUGGGCUUAGUCGUGAACAUUGAGUAG